CAAACCUGGUGGCGUAUAAAAACACGACGUCUCAGAUCGUAAAUAUCAUUUUCAACUGAAUAUAAAAGUCGAAACACACAUUAAAAACUGAGGACUAAAUGUUUACAAUUCUUUUGAUUUAAAACAAUAUAGGAUGGCAAUUCCAAAGUGUUUUAUAAGUAUUUUGUUCAUUGGACUUAUACCCGUCACGUUCGCUCUAUUGGAACCCUUGGAUUACCCACUUCCCUUCGCCCAAUGUCUGUAUAGAAUGUGGAAGAAAUCACAUGGUAUCAGAAAAGAAGUUGCGCUAAGCAUAUAUCAUCAAUGCUAUUCAAAUUAUCGAUGGCAGACUUCCUAUUUAAGAGGUUAUGCAGCCAAAAACGUUUCCGAGCCUACCUAUACAUAUACAGGAAGCCUUAUUAGGAGUGUUUUAAAUAGAGUAACGCAUGGACGGAGAAAGCGGCGUCAGGGUGAGGAUCUCCGAAGAGUUAGGAUGGAGUACAGAAUGAUGACAGACAACCAGAGAACCAGAUAUCAUAACACCAUCAACAGACUCAAAUACGUUGAAAAGAUUGAUAACGAGUCAAAAUAUGAUGUGCUAGCUUCGUUCCAUUCGGGUGCCACACAGUACACAGCCCACGGUGGUUGCAACUUCUUAGGCUUUCACCGCCUGUACAUUCUUAUGUACGAAGAGGCUCUUAUCCAGGUGGAUCCUGACGUUGUACUACCUUAUCUGGAUUCCACUCUGGAUUACAACAUGGGAUUGGAAAACAGUGCCAACUCUUUGAUUUGGCACGACGAUUUCCUUGGAACGAAAGAGGGAUUCGUAACCUCUGGACCUUUUGCAAAUUGGAACACAACAAUCGGGCAGCUCUUCAGAAAUGUUGGUAUCUCUGGCCGACCAAUGAAUGACGAAGAAAUAGCUAAUGUCACCUCACGUAAAAGAAUGCAUGAAAUUUGCGGAGAUGACGCCAGCACAUUUCACGACUUAGAAUUCAUACACGGUCCUUUCCAUCUGUAUGUUGAUGGCAAUAUGGGUAUCAUAGAGGUUGCCUCCGAGGAACCAGUCUUCUGGAUGCAUCAUGCCUUUAUUGAUCAUAUCUGGGAAUUACAGCGACAGAAUGCAAAAACCAAUGCAGUUGAUAUUGAGAAUGAUUAUCCAGAGUUGUUUGGUGAUAUCUAUCACGGUCCAGAUGAGCCCAUGGGUUACAUGAUGGAUGGUCUAACAGUGCGUGACGGCUUGAGUGAGGUUUAUACAAAUGAGAUUUACAAAUACGCUCCUAAACCAACUUGCUCAGCAGUUAAACCCUAUUGUGGUUCGCCAUACCUUUUAUGUAUUCAAAAUGAGAAAGCUGAGCAUAAAUGUCGUGCAAUGAGUAUUGAAGAAUAUGAGGACUUCAAGGAAAACGGUGGAGAACACACCGGAAGUACCACAACCACCUCCACCACUACCACUACCACCACAACAACAACAACCACAACAACAACAACCACAACUCCAAAACCAACCACAACUCCAAAGCCAACCACGACUCCUGAACCUUGUCCAACCCUUAGUCCACCUUAUCCUCCUCGUCCAAAAAACCAAUACGGAGACCUUCAUAAACCUAUUCAGAAUUCCUUCUGUGUAAACGGUAAAAAGAACAUCCAGGAAUGGAUUUACAUCCCCAUACGAGUAACCAUUCGCAGACCAUCUGACUUUGGGUCUUAUAGAUCCUACCCUGUUGUAAAUGGAAAACCUAUGGUAAACACAGAUAUCUAUUCGUCUACAGGGUACAGUAAUUUGAAUAGAUACAUGCGCAACACAGGAAAACCUGCAAACUAUGGAAGUUGUAAAAGCACAUACAGUGGAGCUGGAGAAAUCUAUCUUCAAACUGAUGGUCUCAAUUACGACGGAACAUACAAGGAGUUUGCUAUUGUAGAUCACAGACUUGCAGUAUCGGUAUCUAUUGCAUAUGUCGCUAUAAAGAACCCGGGAUCAGGACAAGCUGAUGUUCUAUUAUCAUCCUACGACUCGUGCGGACGAGUCUGUCGACCAUCUUGUCUUGUGCCUGGAACAACUAAUCUCUAUCGCCCUUGCUCAGGUGCUAUUCGCGUAAACACAAAACAACCUUUGAUGUUUGGAAAAAACUUCGGAGAUUCCGUUCUUGGGGUAUGGGACUUUCAGUCGGAAAAAACAUGUCCUCAGUUUUCAACUAACCAAAUUUACGUAUCCUUCUAUUGUGACUACAGCGACCGUUGGCCGUGGCAAUCUGCUAUUAAUCAACCCGGAGCUAGGGAUCCACCCACACCUCCUGCCGGAGUGAAGGUCCACAGGCAGCAAAUGAAACCAAGCCCACUACAACAUUUACGCCCUUCUACCACCACCACCACCACCACCACCACUACAACAGAACCGACCACUACUACAACCGAACUAAAUACCAUUGCAAUGGAAUCACCUGCCUCACUCACAUCUUCACUAAAGAAAUGUCCAUUGCCCAAUAAAGGAUGUACAAUACUCAAGUCUGAUUGCGAUGCUCCAUGUACACCUGGAAAAUCUUACCACUGUGUUGAAUCUUGCGAUCGAUUUGCAAGGUGCUGGGCAGGGUUUUACUUCGUCCAGCAGUGCUAUAAAGCUCAUUUCGAUCCCGAAUCUGGUACGUGUCAAUUGGGCAGAGGACACUGUACAGAUGAAGAAUGGAAUCCAACAAUCAGUAGAAGAAGGCAACGGAAGAAGUUUUCCGGGUUCGGAAUGGGUAAAUAAACUUCACUGCGUUCCAGAUUCAUCAGAAAUACACAAGUACUAACUUAAACAAUAUGUUACAAAGCUUGUUAUUUACAAGGAAACAAAUAUAUGAUUGGCUGAAUUUUGUUUUAGAUAUUAGUCAAUUUUAAAUUUACUGUGCAUUGCUUUCUUUGCAAAUAACAAGCAGUUCCAGUAAAUCCGAGCAUAUAUAUAUACGUUAAAGAUCUCUGAUCGUAAUGGAAUGUGCAAUGGUUUUAUAUUAGCCAAAAUCAUGAACAAAGUGCAAUAUUUUAUUACUCGUAUGUGCCAUAUUUAUUUUGUCAUCAUGUCUCAAAAUAAGCCAUGACAAGUCCCAAACAUGACCGAAAAUAUCGUGUUCGAUGUACCCGUUCACUUAAGUCUACAAAUGGUCCUGACAGUUAUUGUGUAUACAUCACUCUUCUUUGAUUCAGGAUUAGACUUGUACAGCAUAACAGCAUUCUAAUCCCUCCUCAAGCAUGUGCCAAAUUUGUUCUUUUGUCGUAAAUCUAUGCAAUGUAGUUUGGGUAUGGUUUCCAGUCUUCUUAUACUUUCCUCGGUUUUUGGUUGAAUGAUCCGUGGGGGACAAGUCUGUGAUUAAUUACAUUGCACAGUAUAGUGCUUCAUCAUCCAUUUUGUAAUUUAUUUUAUAAUGUUCAUUGCUGUAAUAUAUCACGUUUCGAAUUGUUGUUUUAUACAUAUUUCAAAUGUGCAUUUUGAAAUAAAAAGAUAUUAUAAAAA